AGAUGUUGCGAGUGUUUGAUCCCAGAGCGCAGCUGACACCUGUUCAGAGUGCCAAGUGCCUUCAGAAUAACAAGGAUUCUCGUAUCCUAUGGACCAAAGAAGACCAGUUACUGACAAGUGGCUUUGAUAUGAUGUGUAGUCGUGAGGUGAGACUUUGGGACAGCAGGAAGCUGAGCUCUUCAAUCAGCUCAGCGUCUCUUGGUACUUCCAGUGGGAUCCUGAUCCCCCUGUUUGAUCACGACACCGGGCUGCUCCUACUCGCUGGCAUUGGAGACACUGGGAUUGAUUGUUUUGAAAUCUCCUCUUCUGAGCCUUUCCUAUCUCAAGUGAGCCACUGCCUAACUGAUGCCUCGACACGAGGGGUUGCCAUGGUGCCCAAGCUGGCGCUGGAUGUCCUGUCCUGCGAAGUGAUGCGUGUUUUUCAGCUAACAGACAGCUGCGUCGUGCCAGUCAGCUACCAAGUCCCUCGUAAGCACUCAGGCCAGGAGUUUCAUGAAGACCUUUACCCAGACACAACGGGCUCAACUCCAGCAAUGUCUGCUGAGGAGUGGUGGAAGGGAGGGAACAAGCAGGUGGAGAAAGUCAACCUCCAUCCAGACAAACGGCCCAGACCACCAACAAAACAGACAGCAGGCAAGAAGGACAUGGUCAGUGCAGAGAGCAACCAGGAUCAGCCUCGUAGCUGCUCCACCUCCAGUAGUUCCCUGAGCACCCCCAGCAGCAGCAGCGCUGCCGUGUCCCGCUCACCUUCUUCCACUUCCGGCCUGUCCUCAGGCUUCGUCCCCAGUCCAAGUCCCAGCCAGAGCACCAAGACUAUUCAAAGUUUGCUCGGACCAUCGUCUAAGUUUCGACACAUUCAGGGCGUGGUGAUGCAUCGGGACACGCACAUCACCAACAUCCGCAACAUCAACCUGACUACGCCUGGCGAGUGUGAUGGCUUCUGUGUGAACCGUCAGCGUGUGGCCGUGCCGCUCGCCAUCUCUGGAGGCCAGAUUGCUGUGUUUGAGCGCUCUGAUCCAGGCAGGCUUCCAGAAACAGCCUUCCCCACCAUCCAAAACUCUGUAAAUGUGGCAGACUUUUCCUGGGACCCCUUUGACACACACAGACUCGCAGUGGCUGGUGACGACGCUAAAAUCCGAGUGUGGAGGGUACCAGAAGGUGGACUGAAAGAAACCAUUGCUGAGCCUGAGCUCAUCUUGCAAGGCCACACAGAGAAGAUCUACUCCAUCAAGUUUCACCCUCUGGCCAGUGGAGUACUCGUGUCUUCCUCCUACGAUUUCACAGUCAGACUGUGGAACCUGGAGAGUGGAGACCAGGUCAAACUUCUCACCGGACAUGAGGACCAGGUGUUCUGCAUGGCGUGGAGCCCAGAUGGAAAGCUGCUGGCCACAGUUUGCAAAGAUGGAAAAGUUCGCAUCUAUGACCCUCGCAAGUCCCCUGCACCUGUACAGGAGGGCCCAGGUCCAGAGGGCCACAGAGGGGCUCGUGUUGUUUGGGUGUGUGAUGGCAAGUUCCUUCUGGUGUCUGGAUUUGACAGUCGAAGUGAAAGAGGACUCUACCUGUACUCCGCUGACUCCCUGUCCUCCGGCCCCAUAGCUUGCACUUGUCUGAACGUCUCCCCCUCCACUCUUAUUCCUUUCUACGACCCCGACACCAGCGUUGCGUUUCUCACUGGAAAAGGUGACACCAGAGUGUACAUUUACGAGCUGGUUCCUGAAGAGCCGUACUUUAUUGAGUGCAGCAGUUUCAACGCCCCUGAGCCUCAUAAGGGGUUGGUCUUUCUGCCUAAAACGGAGUGCAAUGUGCGUGAUGUGGAGAUCGCCGUGGGACUGAUGCUCACCAAGACCACCAUAGAGCCGGUGGCCUUCAGAGUGCCCCGGGUCAAAAAAGAGUUCUUCCAGGACGAUGUGUACGUUGACACAGCAGUGUGGUGGGAACCUGCUCUGACCGCCUCAGCCUGGCUCUCUGGAUCCAACGGCCAGCACAGAAAGAUCAGCCUGAAGCCCAAAGACAUGACGCCAGUGAGCGAGGCGCCCAAAGAAGCUCCAGUGAGGAAAUAUCUGCCUUCGUCUGUUUACCUGGAGGAAAAAACUGAUGAACAGAAAAAAGAGGAGCUGCUGAGUGCCAUGGUGGCUAAGUUGGGGAACUUGGACGACCCGUUGCCGCAGGAAUCCUUCGAGGGUGUUGAUGAAGAUGAAUGGGCGAAAUAUCUUAUACAGAUCGUAGUUAUGGGAGCACAGGUGGUGGGACGGGCUUUUGCUCGCGCUUUACAGCGAGAAUAUGCAGCAAGUCAAGCAGCGGCGCGGGCUCGUGGCCGGACAGGUCAGCAGUCGGCUGCAGCCUCCAGCAUCUCUGGGAUGAGCCUGCAAGAGGCUCAGCAAAUCCUCAACCUCUCCACACUCAGUCCCGAAGAGCUUCAGAAGAACUAUGAUCACCUUUUUAAAGUCAACGACAAGUCAAUGGGCGGAUCAUUUUAUCUACAAUCAAAAGUGGUCCGAGCUAAAGAGCGUCUGGAAGAGGAGCUAAAUAUUCAGACACAAGAACAGAAGCAGCAGUCGCAGCAGGAUGCAGAAACAAAAUGAAUAAAAUCCUACUUCUUCAUCCCUCUCCCCCAUUCUCUGUAAAUUAUAACCUAAU